AUGCAAGUGACCAUGAAAGAUCAGAAUGUGAGUUUCCCAGGCACAUUUGUUUUGAUGGGCUUCUCUGAUCUCCCGUGGCUGGAGAUCCCCCUCUUUGGAGUGCUUCUGGUCUCCUACAUCUUCACCCUGAUAGGAAACAGCUCCAUUGUCUUUCUCUCCAUGGUGGAACCUAGACUCCAAACACCCAUGUACUUCUUCCUAGACAACCUUUCUAUGCUGGACCUCUGUACCACGUAUACCAUUGUCCCGCAGCUGCUAGUCAAUCUCUGGAGCCCAGAAAAGGCAAUUGCCUCCUGGAGCUGCAUGACCCAGGCCUACCUCUUCCACUGGACCAGCUGCACAGAAUGUGCCCUGCUGGCAGUCAUGGCUUUUGAUCGCUAUGUGGCCGUCUGCUGUCCCCUCCAGUAUGUUCUAGUCAUGCACCUCUGGGCAUGUGUGUGGCUGGCAGCUGUGUGCUGGGCCAGUGGCCUGGCCAAUUCUCUGGUUCAGGCUACACUCACCCUCUACCUUACCUUUUGUGCAAAAAAUACACUAGAUCACUUCUUCUGUGAGGUCCCCGCCUUGAUUAAACUGGCCUGCGGUGACACCACUACAAAUGACUUGUCCCUAUCCUUGGGAGCUAUUCCUUUUGGAGUAGUGUCUCCUCUGACCGUGCUCAUCUCCUACACCUUCAUUGCUAGGGCUGUGCUGAAGUUACCUUCAGCCGAGGGAAGGCGCAAGGCAUUCAGCACAUGCAGCUCCCACUUGCUAGUUGUCACCAUGUUCUUUGGACCAGGUAUGUACACGUACCUCCAGCCUCCAGGCAACAACACCCAGUCCAAGUUCCUCUCCUUCUUCUACUGUGUCGUCACACCAAUGCUCAAUCCACUCAUCUACACUCUGAGAAACAAGGAUGUGAAAGAAGCAUGGAGGAGGAUCCUAUCCUCCCAGGGAAGGGGGAAGUCUUUGAAAGCCAGAUGA